AUGUCAACAAUUCGCAACCAACUCAUAAUCUACGACUUUGACUGGUCCCUCGCAGACCAGGACUCAGACCGGUGGGUGCUAGAAGUCCUCGCACCCCAUCUCCGACGCCGUAUGAAGAACCUCAAGUCAGACCACCAAUGGACGGACCUCGUAGCGCAGAUGAUGCGCGAACUGCGGUCCGAAGGGGGUACGCGAGUGCAAGUUGAGCAGGCACUUAGGGAGAUGCCGUUCCAUCCGGCUAUGAAGCGCUGUGUGAGGGCGAUCAAGGUUCGCUCAGACCCGAGCACGGACCUUCUGGUGCUCUCGAACGCUAACUCGGUGUAUAUCCGCACGAUACUCGAGCAUCAGGGACUGCAUGAAGGCGUCUUUGAGGACGUGAUUACCAAUCCGGCGCAUUGGGAUGAGCAAGAUCCGGAUCUGCUUGUCGUGAGGCGGAGAGUGGACCCGAAGGGAGAGCAGCACAAGUGCACAGUGGGUUGCAGUGCGAAUAUGUGCAAGGGGGAAGAGUUAGAGGCCUUUGUUGAACGACACGGGAAGGCGUUCGACCGUGUUGUCUAUGUCGGGGAUGGGUCAAACGACUUCUGCCCUAUCCUGCGUCUGAGAGAGCAAGACCUCGCUCUGGUCCGUCGUCACCGCGGCCUCGAGAAACGUAUCGAGAAAGAGGGUAAGAGCGCUGGCCUCAAGUGCCAGUUCAUAUACUGGACCGGAGCCUGGGAGGUCGAGGAGAUCUUCGCCACGCUGACAUAG